AAUAUACACAGCCCCUCACUUCAGAUCGAAGAUGAGGUACCUUUCUAUUCACUAAACCAUGCGACCGCUACAUCGCUGUUCCAAGGGAAGAAGAAAGGUUUACACGGGCACGAGUGAUCAGAUAAUUGAGGGACGAACAGAACAGAACGGAACAGAAGACACGAAAGUGACGUGCAGGACGUGCCGAUUUCGAUUGAGCAAUUCUGUUGAAGAUGCAGAGCAAAGCGGAUAAAAAAUGAUCCGCGCAACAUUUUCAGCAGGAUGCACAUUGACGUAAGCCAAUGCUUCAGGUUGUUAAUCUCUUCCAGCGAUUCCAAGCUCGACUCUGUCAGUAACGCUGUGUGUCGGUCAAAUGCCUGGAGAUUUGAGUCUGUGAUGCGGAGAAAAGUGACAUUGUCUGUAAUGGAGUAAAGGAUUGCGCUGGCGGCCCUCGAGUGCAAGGCGCCAUCCACUUGGAGAACUUUUCCGAGAAGGAUAGGCCAAUUUCGUUUGUGUCUGAGAAAGAUGGUGCAGAAUUCGAGUGGCAUGCCGAUGCCUGGAAUUCCCACGCUGAGGACAACGUGUGUCACGUCCUACCAGACAGAGUAAGCUUAGCAGCCUCGAAAUUGGUCGAUCCCAAUGCCAGUAGAACCGCAGGGGAAGCAGACGAACCGCUGAGGUGAAAUAAUUUUGCCAACCAAAGUGCUGGUAGCAGAAAAUGUGCGCUAAUUUGAGAGUGGCACACGAACGUGGCCAAGAGGCCGAUCCGAGGUGCAGAAAGCUUUCAAGCUACAGGCAUCGGUGAAUUUCAAAAAGAUUUUGAAUGAUGAAUGGCUAGGCAGCCGGAAUCGCUUUGCUUCACGACAUCCUUGAGUUUCACCGAGGAAAUAGUCUCAGGAUCUAGAGCUAGCUAGGCACUUGGACUCAGAAAUUUUAUUUUUUUGGUUUUUGGAGAGAGAGGUAAGUGCAAAUAAGAUUUUCUUUGCAAUCGAGAGAGAUCUUGUCGAGAAUAUGUGGGAUGGAACACUUUCUGCCGCGGAUUUCCAGUAUGCAUCGAAGGAGUUUAUGAAAUUGUGGAAUCAUGAGGAGUGUAACAUGAACCAGUGGAGUUGGGAAGAGAGGCCGGAGUCUUCUGCUCAAGGCUAUCUGAUUCUGGAAGGAGUAAGCCUCCCGGAGAUAGAAACACCAUUGAUGCAUGAAUCCUUGUCAAUGGAAACUGAUGACAAAGAAGAACUUUUCUCAGAUGAUGCAACUCUGACCGACCUUACAAGCCAACCUUCUCGCUGUACGUAUCAUGUGAUCUACAACGAGUCGUACAACGUACCAACCAUUUAUUUUCGAGGGUAUCAUUCAGAUGGCAGCCCUAUCAACUGGCUCGAUAUUCACAUGUCGCUCCCAUCGCAUCUAGCACAACAAAUGGAUCAGAAUAGGUGGACGUUUCUCACCCAAGAGGAGCACCCAUAUUUGCACCGACCAUGGUUCAUGUUACAUCCUUGUGGCACGAGCAGUAUCAUGUCUCUAAUGUCCACUGAGAGACUGAAACAGAAAAGUAGAGGGUAUGCCACUCCUCCUGAACCUAGAAAACGAGGGGAGGGAGAGGAUAAACAGGCUGUCCCUUCUCGGUCCUCAGACUUGGAAUUCGACACAAAGCUGGAAUUCAUACCAUCGAUCCGAGAAGCUCCCACGAAUCAAGUGGGAAAUUACAGGGACCAAUAUCUCCUUACUUGGUUGUCGUUCGUAGGACCAGCUGUGAGAUUGCCUGUACCUCUUGAUUUGUUCAAGUCCCUUAAUUGACUUGGUGGAAUUUCCAUAUCAGCCAGUUCUCCUAUUAUAGUGAGCAAUUACGACACUUGUGUGGUUUUCAAACACAAAUUUUCAGCCUCGUAAUUUCCCACCUUGAAAUGGAGACUUGAACCCAAUUGCAACCGAUGUGGUACAAGGCUCAUAAGAAGUGUGAGAACUUUUCAACCGAGGGUCAAAUUCAGGAGAGAGAUCUUUCAAGCUAGAGUAAUGGUAACACGGAGCUUAUAUCCUGUCUCUGACUACGUACCAAUUGCAAGAAACACUCUUUUCCUCCAACUUAUUCUAGACAAAAACUUGACUGAGCAAGAACAUCGUGUUCAAGACAACAAAUGUCAAAUUCAGGAGAGAGAUCUUUCAAGCUAGAGUAAUGGUAACACGGAGCUUAUAUCCUGUCUCUGACUACGUACCAA